AUGAAGGCGUUCUUCAUCGGCAAAUGUGAGUACCGACGCGUGCUAAACCUGCAAGAGGCGAUCUUUAACGCCAAGAUCGCGCGACAGGUGAGUGUGCGGCGCGGCGAGUCCACGCUGCCGCUCCGCCCGGAUGUCGCGAUCCUAGUGGAGCACAGCUCCCCUGUGUACACCGUAGGUCGGCGUGACACAACCCAGGGACUUCCGCAGCACUGCACCGUCGACGUCGUCAAGACGCGGCGAGGCGGUGGUAUCACCUAUCACGGCCCUGGACAGCUUACCAUGUACCCCAUCAUCAACAUCCAACUUCUGUGGAAAAAUUGCACAGUGGAGAAGGCGCGCUCACCGAUUGAGUGGUUCAGCUGGGCGCUGGAGGAAGCAAUGAUCCAGACCGCUGCGAUGUUCUGCAUCCCAACACACCGAUACAAGACUGGCGUAUGGACUGACCAGUACAAGGACAUCCCGGCGCAGAAGCUCGGCGCCAUCGGGCUGCAGCUGGGGAGUUGGGUCUCCAUGCAUGGAGUUGGCUUCAACGUUGCAAGCGACUUGCGCUUCUUCGACGACAUCAUUAUGUGUGAGCUGCCGGGCCGGCGCGCCACAUCGAUCAGCAACGAAAUGCAGCACCGUGGCGUCCCUGGACCGCCACCGCUGGUGCCAGAAACGGCGCCCGUUCUGCUACAAAAGUUCGUCGAGAGCCUUCACCAGCCACCAAGCUGGGCUGCGCCGCGUCUGGUGGACUUGUCGGCGGACGCGGACUGGUACGAACGCGUUAUCGACGCCGCCGGCACCCCAAUUUCCUGA